AAACAAAUUUCACCAAAAGUAGGCCAUGACAACGCUGAACAAAGUUGUAGAACAUGUCAAAGCACGAAAAUGCUUACUUUUUGCUCUAAUCAAUUAAGUUCGUCAAAACAGCCUUUUGAACCACUGUGCAUGGGUUUUCUACUCGGUCGUAUCACGGUUGUCCGCUCCGGAUGCGAGUAAUUCUAAGGACCCGAUUGUGUUGCCGAUGCAGAACAGGCGUCAUCGGCCGAUAACUGCAACGAACGCAAGCAGAAAAGUUCAAACAUUCGCGCGGGGACCAUCACCGGCACUCAGAAACAUCCAGCGGCCAUCGGGACCAUCACAACUCGUUGAGUUCGUCCUCGCAGUGGUCAUCGAGAGUAUUUUUAAGAAAGGGAGUAGUGGUGGGAGUAGCAGCAGGUUCGGAAAGGACUGGUCGAAAUCAUAAAUCACAACGUGCAAUUUUUCGGACCAUAAGCUUGCUUGAAUAUGCCCAAGAGUACCGAUGCCACUGGGUGCAUGAAUUUGUCCAUUUUGGCUUGAGUCACUUCUUGUAUAGUUUAAUCUUCGUUUGCUACUGCUUCGAUGUUGCUACAUCCUUGUCCAUUACCUCCAUCCAGCUCAUCACACCUAACUGCCCCUGUUCUAGCACCGGCCGCCACCUUAAACCUCCCGGAACCUAUCCUUGAUCCGGUUAAGCAAGCCGGCAAAAUGUGAUGGGCCUUUCAGCAAAUGCACGUUGAUAGAGUUAUCUACGUGCGCAUGUAUUGCCUGUACGUACACGAAAAAGAUUGAGGUUAAAUUUUGUACCGGCCAGCAAAACAAGUGGCGUGCUAGUGUGCGUGAGAUCGGGCUUAGAUAACUCUAUACCGCAAUAGUCUUCUCGGAACACAGCUUGGCGUAGAUUUCCAGGCUGACCAUAACUUUGAAUUUAUUUUUCCACCCGAGUUCGCCUCAGCCUGCUGCAGCUACUAGGAAAUUAUUCCUGUCGUGCUCUUUGUUUUCGUUCAACUUGUUUGUAAACAAGGGCAGUCUGCUAUGACAACUGAAAAAAAACUGAAACAAAACUCUUUAAUGAAUCGUACAUGCACGUAAAUAUGGAUGCACAUACGGAUGAACGUAUGCCAUAAAUGAAAUAUAUUUCAAGUGACCACCUCGUGCUAAAAUCAAUGUUAUCAAUUAAAUUGUGCAUUUAUUUUGAUUUCAUAACAUUAUAGAAACCAUUUAAAGAAACUUCCACAAAGAAAAAUCAAAUUGAUAGCAAACUGAGGGCGUGAAGACAACAAGACUGCCGCGCUAGCAUUUUGUGAGAAUGGCUCUUCGCUGAGCAUGGUAGUGUGUGAGUGUAGUCAAGCGACGGAGUAGGCAAAAAUUUCACGAUGUAUUUGUUCGCUGAGGGACAAGUUCGGGUCACUCGCUGGAUGGAUGCGAGUCUCAUUCGCUCAUGAAUGCUAGCGGGUUGGAAUAGGUGACGAAUUGAUAGGCGAUGAGUGAGUGGUUUCUAUAAAUUGAGCCGAAAAUCAGAACCCUUGCAUGGAACCCAUGGAACUGGACGCUGAGAACGACAUGAACGAGCUGAAUGGAACGGGAAACUAGCAAGAUGAGGGGGCCUUCGCCGACGAAACCGAUCACCAAGAGAAAACCCAAUUUCCGACUUGCCGCGCAAGAAACUUUCCUGUUCCACAAUUGUGGGAGGCACAAUAACAUCCCACAACCAUGGAACAGCAUGUGAGCUCUAUAGACAAUUUACUAAGUGCACCCGUACCUGGCACUCCUCAACCGGACCGUACCACAAAACCUCCCAAAUUGCUCAACAACUUCAUUCCUGCCGCAAUGCACGUGCUACAGUGGAACAUUGAAUCCAUUCAGUAUGAACCUGUAUUAGUCGCUCAAACGACAACGACGACGACUACAACUUCUACAGCGAAACCAGUGACCACAACAGCCGCAGCUACUGCGAAGCCGACCACUCUUCAUAAACCAGGAUAUUUCGGACCGGAAAAACCACCCUCAACACCGGUACCGGCGAUUACGCCUAGCAGCGCUUUCGAAUCUCUGCCGGAGACCACCACGGAAAACGGUGAAGCUUUACUUUGGAAUGACAAACAGUUCUUUGAAUGGUUCUUUCAAAGUAAAUACAAGCAAAUCAAAUUGGAAAAUGAAUACAGUCUUCAACUACUUGAUCCACUACCGCUUCGGUUGCUGCAGGACAUUGAUAGUGAACGUUACGAACUAUCAGCGUUGCUAGAUAAGGACAAUGUCAACGAAUUCCGAAAAUUGUAUGAUGAUCAGUACCGUGUGAGCGAGCUUGGCUUGCUCCCAAGCACUCCCACUAGUGUGAACACACCCAACCAUCAAGUCAGCGAUCGAAUUCCUGGAUUGAACGGAAGCAGAAAGAGAGUACCUCCCACCAAACCGUACAUCCACAUGCUUAUGCUAUAUGACCUUUUGAAAAGAGAAGAAAAAUAUAUGUUCAAUUUGUAUGAGGGCUACAGUUCUGGGAUAUUGGCUGAACUCGCAUCGUGCAAGUCCGAAAAUGGCCAACAGCAACUACUGUAUGUUCUUACUCGCAUGCUGCAGGAGAAAAAUAUAGAAAAGUCGGAUGUCGUAUCACGAACAAAUGCAAUGAUCGCAGAACUAGAAAAUGAGCACAGUGCUAUCAGUAAAGCGCUUAUUGAAAUUCCUCCAUUGAAGUUUGCACAAUAAUAAAGAAAAACAAAAUAUAUGCUCCAAUAUUCAGUCCAAUCCAUGCUUCUGGAACGUUGAUACGAAAUAUAAAACUGCCUAACCUUUUA